AUGGCGAUGCUCAACCCGACCUUCGUCUUCGGCGUCGUCGUCCUCCUCUACCUGUCAUCCUUCAUUCUCUUCGCCGUUGUCCGAAUCCUCACCGGCAUAUCAAUCCAAAGAAUAGGGUACUUCUCUCUACGGCGCCUCGCCUACACACCCCGAGAUGGGUUCAAGAUUGAGGUUCGCGGCUUGGGGCUCAACGUUCACCGCCCGACCUUUGCCCAGCCCACCUGGCUGAGCGUCGUCAUCAGCGAGCUGACCGUCACGAUCGACAUUGCCGAACUCGAGGGGAAGAAGAGCGACGAUAGCUCCACCGAUUCCGACAACUCCGAUGCCGAGGAGGAGACCGAGACCCAGCUGCCCGAGCAGCCCAAGGUGCCGCUACUGCGGCGCGGAACUGGCGGUCCCCCGCCCCGGAGCGAGACCUGGAAACACCUAAUGAAGCUGAAGGACCGCAUGAAGAGGGCACACCGCAAGCUGAAUUGGUUACGCAUGGUCGACGUCGUCGCCAGCAAUUCCACAAUCAAGGUCGUCGACGUGGGUGAUGUGCAGUUUGGGAGCUUGACCGUCGCCGUCGAUACACGGCGCAAGAUGGUGGACCGCGCACGCUUCUUCUUUCAGUCCCGGACAGACAGGAAUAAGCUGAAACAACGCCAGGCCGAGUGGAUCAUGACGUUGCGCAGCGUCCUCUUCACGCCAGAGGGCAAGGAGUCGCUCGAAAUUCUCGACAACGCGACUCUCAACAUCCAUGGAUUCUUGUACGAAGCGCUGGAUGGACUGAGAGACGCCGCAAUCGCCCUCAAGCUGGGCCGUGUUCACAUACCCUACGACGAUGUUCAACUUUGCGCCGAUAGACUUAAGCAAUGCAAGUUGGCCGCACGCUCGUCCCCCUUGUCGGACGAGCCGGCCGACGUCUUCAUGGACAAGAUCAUACACGAGGUCGCCCAGCCCGGCAGCACCCACCAGGAGCUGAUUCAGACGGUAUCUGACUCUAAGGAAUUCAUUAGCUCGAUCCUGAGGGGCGUCAAGGAGGUUCAGUUUGCCGUCAGUUUUGUUGGCAUGACGAAGAGGGUGGAGUCUGUCAAGCCCAGUGCCAAGCCUGUCAUGCUGAACGCUUCUAUGAAAGAGGUCGGCAUCGACUUGCACCGCCUGGACCCCAAGUCUCCUUCCCACAGGAUGUACUUCCCGUCCAAGGAUAUCGCCCACGAGGCUCUAGCUGCAGCCUUGUCCAUUUCCGUAGGCGUCGACGAUGGCGACGGCAAACCCGAAAGGCUGAUUUACAUCCCAAUGGCAACGACCACGGUCAAGACGACAUUGCCAUCUAAGACUGUCGAGAUGGCACAGGAUGUCGGGGCCGAAGAGAGGAACGCAAACAUUCUCUUCGCUAAUUCCGUAGUGACAUCUCCUUCGGUAGACCUCGACCCUCGCCACCUACCGCUCCUCGUCGCCAUGCUGAAACCCAAGUCCUCGAAAAGACCACGAACUAACCGUCAACCGCGUCAUAUGCUUAUUUCACGACUAUUGCCCAAGGCCAAUAUCAAGUUUACAAUGCACGAACCGGUUCUCCGUGUUACUCUUCCAGCCGUCGACCAGCACGCAGCUUCUGACGACUUUGAUCUAAUUAUAUCGUCUAUUUCGUCCAUCUCGCUCGACAUGGAGUCGUUCCAUUCCACCGUCGAAGAUUUACACUACUCACUUGCGUCGACCAUGAGAAUACAGUCUCACGAGCUGUACUACCAAACGUCGUCGAGCAACCGGUUCGACCUGAUACAAACCGAAUCUUUUGAGUUGAAGGUCCAACUCAGUGCGACGCCGGACGUCCACGUCGUUGCGUCGGGCAAUUUGCAGACCUUCUCCAUCAAGAUGGUGCGCCCCGAGAUCACCGACGGUCUCAGACAGAUCGUGCGACAGCUGAGGAUGAACGUGGAGCCUGAGAAACGAUCUAACUCACACACAUCCAUCAAGAAGCAGAACUUCCUGCGCGCUAUGCCUUCGUGGCUGUUGCAGCUCCAGCUUCAAGCGUCAGAUUUCAGCGUUGAGAUUGCGGGCAUCGACGAGGACAUAUCGGACGACACCCGCGGGGUCUCUCUGCAACUCGACGAGUUUUCCGCCGAGUACCGCGCACAGAGGCUGGACGGACUCCAACGACGGCCGUCACGCCGGAGGGCCAACAGCCGCACCGUCGCGCCCGACUCGGAUCUGCUCAAAAGUCCCAUCUCGCCGCCACCUAGAAAGAAGCAACAGAACGAGGGCGACGGGCGGAGAGUCACUUUCCACGUUCGAGGCUUGGAGGCCUACAUAGUGGAGUCGGAAGAUAGGGUCGAGCUGGAGCCCUUUGUCAAUAUGCCGCGGUUCGAGGUAGCGUUCCAGGCCAUGAGUGACCAGCAAGGCCCCAUCUUUCACAUCCACGCAGGGAUUCGUACCGUUCUCUUGCAGUACUCUCUCUUCCGCCAUUACUCCGUCGGCGUGGCCAUCAUGAUUCUGCGGAAGGCCUUUAUGAGGUCUGGGCAGGAUAUCGGGUCGCCGCCAAUGUCUCCAACGACACCGCGUAAAGAGGCCAGCGACUUCCUGGCUCCCCCAAUGUCGCCAGAACCCUCUUUUGCCGAUAUGACUGAGCACUCAACAGUUACACCGGAGCUUAUAGCCAUCGACCUCAAGGCUGCUCUUGUGCAGGUCAAAGCCGAAUUACCAAAUGACCCUCAGUUGAUGCUGCAAGUUUACGGCGUGGAGGCUGGCCGACACAGAUGGACGUCGCCAUUCCUGGCGUCGAAGCUCGUCCGCCUCUAUGUUCAACCGCCCAGAAUGCGAACCACCUGGGCCCGGAUGAUCAGCAUAAAGGGGGGCAGAGUUGACUACCGCAAGUCUCGACGGAAGCUUCACAACGGCGGCUUUCACGAGGACGAGAUGAUCGACGUCAACUCCGACGCCAUUAGGUUUGCUGUGCCACACGAGGUCCAGGUCAACAGGAUUUCAGACAACGUCAUCAACACUCUCAAGUCGAUCAAGCAGCUCCACCACCGUUUCAAAACGGGCACAAACGAGUACAUCCUCGACAAGGUCCCCGGCGGCCCCAAGAACGUGCCCAAGGUCUCUGUCCGAACGCGCUCGCUGCUCUUUGAGCUCGAGGAUGGCGCAUUCGAAUGGAAGCUCGGCAUGAUCUACCGCGCCGGAAGGGUCGAACAAAUGCAACGUCUUGCUCGAGAGGAGGCCUUUGAGGUCAAGAGGAAGAAAAUACGCGAAGAAGAGUCAAGAAAAGAGUCGGGCAAGCUGCGUGCUCGCUCGCUCUUCCACCGUGGACGACAACAGAAUGGAUCUUCGUGGGCCCGAAGCCAGAGCGCAGAUGGAAGGAGACCCAGCACUGAUCAGCGCUCACGAGGCAGAGCACCGAGAUAUGACCCUGAUGGUGGAGGCAUCGGUCUCACAGGAUCAGCCUCAAUCGCCGAGCAGGAGGCACGGGCGCGACUAGAUGCUUACAACGCAGAAAGCUGGAAGAAACGCAUCGACCGGUUCUACGUCAUGGCAAAGAACGGCAUGAAGGAAGUCCGCGGUCUCUUCUGGGGCCCCGACCAGCUCCCCGACGACUUGGAGGAUACGGAAAACAUCCUCGAGGUGCCCCAAAGGCCGGCACUCAUGUCCGCGCUCAUCACCGAUCUCCAGUUCGUUAUCGACAAACCGACCUUUGCGAUGAAAGACCUGCCAGACUUCAUCCACUCCGUCGGCAAGGGAAUGCCCAAGGAUAUGAAGUACGGGUUGCUCGUCCCGAUGCAUGUCUCGAUCGACCUUAGUGAGGCAAGAAUAUCCUUGCGCGACUACCCGCUUCCCCUGAUCCAUAUACCCAGUCUGAAGACCGGUCAGUCAACGAGGCUUCCAGCCAUGUCACUCAAGACGAACUUCGUGAUAGCCGAGGAGUUCCGAGGAAUGGAGUCUACCCGUCGUAUCAAGGUCAACAUUGUGCCGCCCCGGAACCACGAACCAGGCGGCAGCAGCGAGGGCAGCUUUGCCAUUGACGUCCGCCGCACCAUUGGGCCGGUCAAGUCAUACUCCAACAUGCGCAUCGAAAUCAACACGGCUCUGCCUACAAGAAUCACCUGGGGCCCAGCCUACCAGCCGGCUAUCCAAGACAUGAUGAUGGUCAUCGAGUCCUUCACCAAGCCACAAGUUGACCUCUCCGAGAGAGUUGGUUUCUGGGACAAGAUACGCCUCAACUUCCACUCAAGGAUACACGUGGCGUGGAGGGGCGAUGGCGACAUGCACCUUGCGCUCAAAGGAACGCGCGACCCUUACUGCGUGACUGGUAACGGCGCCGGUUUCCUGAUGUGCUGGCGCAACGACGUCAGGUGGAACAUCAACGCCGACGACGAUCCCAAGAGGUUCAUGACCGUCGAUUCCGGCGAAUACGUCUUGGCGAUCCCUGACUACAGCCAUCAGGUUCGAGAGGCUGCAAUGCGAACCGGGGAAGACGACAGCCUCUUGAGCGAGGACAGCUAUAAGUCCGGGGCGUCCUUCAAGAAGGUGGUGAUGAAGCUUUCUGGCAAGGUGCAGUGGAUGACGGGCGUCGUUUUUGAACGCGCAAUCCAGGAUGGCAGACGGAGCUUCGAGUUCCGGCCGCACUACGACAUUGUGUUGCGAGCCCCUCACCAUGUCAAGCUCGAUGACCAGCCAUACGAUGCGUUCCGCGGGUUCCGAAGCCAGCAUAUCCAUCUGUCGGUCGCAGUCAGGGCCCCGGUGGACCGUGACUGGAUGGCAGACAACGUGGAACCUUCAAGGAGCUACAACACGGUCCAUUGCACGCCUCGCUUCUUUACCCACUUCUUCUCGUGGUGGUCUCUGUUUGGCGGCGCCAUGGCACUGCCCAUUCGUCAGGGGUCACUCUGGCCUGGUAGGGCAAGGAACAGCAAGAAGUUUGGAAAGCAUCUCUCUACCAUCAAGUAUAACCUCCUGCUGGCGCCGCUGUUUCUGAGCCACAUCUACAAGCAUAAGGACGCCGAGGAUGCUUCCGACAGUGGCGUUUCCGCCACAGGCCUCAAAGUGCGGUUCGACAGCUUCAUGUUGGAUCUGCACCAGAGGCGCGAGGAGUUCAACACGCGAGACCGCGGCCGCAAGACCAAGGGGAAGACGAGCGGCAUCAAGCUCCAUGCCGCCCAGCUCGACCUAGCGGCAGCCGACGUUCGUGCUGUGUCUGCCAGCAUCCGGGGAACAACAACCGAAGCCAUCAAGAAAGGAACCAUUGCUAGUUUGAUCGCGAACCAGAGCGAGGACAGCGCCGACCUCUCUCGUUUUACCAUCCCCGAUAACGACCUGAGUUGGAUCGACAUGGACGACUUUGUGGAACUGGAUUGGAUCCUGCCCACGGAGCCCAACCCCGACACCAAGAUUCUGCCGCUGGCCUUUGCACCUCGCCUGACUUACUUCCGGCAAACAGACAUUGGCGGCGUCAUUUCAGGCGAUCCGGAUCGAAAGAGCCCCUUUGGCGAUGAGCCAACACAUUUCUGUAUUAUGAGCCACGACGACGACCCCCGUCGGGUACAGGCACAGCUCAUUCAGGAGCGGUUGGACCAGCUGGAGAUCCAGAUCGAGAACUACGGAAGGAGCCUCGGAGAUGCCGAGCUCAGGGUCGUUCGCGACGAUGCCAAAGAUCCCAAGCUCGUUGCUGCAUUCGAGAGCUUGCAGCAGCAGGGCGCCAUUUUGCAGAGGAAGAAGACCUACCUCCAGAACAUGCUCCGACAGAUGAACAGCAAGUCGCCGAUAGACGGCAGCAGCUUCUUCAAGCGAGAGAAUGGCAGCAGCAAGUUUGAAGACUCGGUCCAGUUGGAGGACGACUCGUUGACAAUACCCUCCGGGGCGGAGUUUGAGAGUGACUUCAACAACCGUUUCGUCAUUCACAACCUCCAUUUCAAAUGGAACAACACCCUUCGAAACAUUGUACUUCGAUACAUCCACCAGGUCAGCCAGCGGAGAGGUUUCGUCUAUUACCUGUCCCGCCCCGCGGUCAAGUUUAUUCUGGACAUCGUGGAAGAGCAGUACAAGGCCAAGCAGAACCCGAAGCCUGCAAGCAAAAACAGGACCCCCACGGGGGGUGCCACCGCCGGUGCUUCUCCCGAUCUUGACGCCGCAGAGCGCGAAUUCAAGCAGGACAUCGAGGACCGCAUCAAGAACAUUCUGAAGGAUGGCAGGAAUUACGUAAACGCCGACGGAAAGGGAGGCGACGAUGUACCCAACGUCCCGAUCGAAGACCUGUCCAGCGGUAUUUCGGACGAGUUCACGCCUCAAAACAGCUACCACGUUCGGCUCAUUGCUCCGCAAAUCCAGCUGCAAAGCGACAAGAACAAGAAGAACGUGGUCAUCCUCACAUCCAAGGGCAUGGAACUCAAGGUCGUCGAAGUCAUGGACAAGAAGAGACUCGCCGACGUUGUCAGCGGUCUCGUGCAGCGACGAUUCCUGGUCAACAUGGACAGCACGCAGUUCUUUGUCACUCACCAGUCGUACUUCUCGGAAAUCGUCACGACAUAUGCAGGCAGUCGGUAUGGUACCCCUGCCACGUCGUCAUGGCCGCCGUGGGUCCCGAUGGAAGUCAUGUUCGAUUUCGAGACCGAUCCUUUCGGGUUCAACCGCGUGGUGCAGAAGACGUCCGCCAUGCUCCGUUACGAGAAGUACAACACUCUGCGUUUGAAGUACAACGACGAGGUGAACACCGAAGGCGCCGGCGACCCGUCCCAUUCGAACAACGAGAGGAAGAUGGACAACCUCUGGGUCGAGUUCCCGCAGGCCAGAGCUCUCUGCAACUCUGGCGACUACUACGCCAUGUACGUCAUUGUGUUGGAUUUGCUCAUGUACAACGAGCCGCUGGAAAAGACACGAAGCGAGCGCCUGGAGAAGAUCAUGCUGGCUUCGGACUUUAGCGAUCUCAGCGGCACGCCGGAGAUGGUGGAGAAACUGCAGGAACGCAUCCGCCAGCUGCAGGACAUCAAGUCCCACUUCCAGAUCUACUCCAAGUACAUGGAUCAGCGGGGCUGGGAAGACCGGCUUCUUCUGGAACGAGACUUGGCAGCAUGUGAGGACGAGCUGUUCUUCAUGAUGAAGGCCAUCACGUCUUCGCAGCGCAGGUAUGAGACAAACUCGGAGAGCAACGCUCUCCUAAGAUGGAGCAUCACGGCGCGAGACACGGUUUGGCACAUGCUCCGAGACAACAAGGAACCGCUCGUCGAAUUGCAGCUCAAGGACGUGGAGUACGACCGAACCGAUAACGCGGACGGGUCGCACAUCAACCUGAUCAGGGUCGGCAAGGUCUUUGGACUGAACCUUCUCCCCGAUGCCAUGUACCCCGAGAUCAUUGCGCCCUAUGUCGACGGCGACAAGAGCACGGCCGACUUGGGCAACCAAGAGAUGAUCCGAGUCUACUGGUACAUGCUUGAAGCCAUUGCCGGCAUCCCUGUCAUGGACCACUUCGAAGUCAACCUGUUCCCGAUGAAGAUCCAGCUCGAGCGCGAGGUCGGCAAGCGCAUUUUCGAGUACAUCUUCCCGGGCAUUGAUGGCGACAACAAGACCAAGAACGACUCGCCAUUUAUGCUAAAGCACACUCCCGCGGAAGACGAGGAGGAAGACGACGACUCCCUGUCUGGGUCUGGCCGCCUCACUGCGAGCGACAAGGAUGGGUUCAACACGAGGCCGGGCUCGCUUGAGCUCCGUCUGCACCCGACACUGAACUCGGACUCGCCGACCAAGUCGAUCAGCAGCAAGAAGUCUCUCACGGUCAACACCGGCGAAGGCCAGGGUCACACGUUCCGUCUCUUUCGAUCCGUCGGCACCGGCAAGGUCCCAUCCAAGAAGCCUUCGUACGAGUCGCUCAAGUCGACCAAGGAGCCUCGCCCUGGAAUCGGACGCACGUCAACAGGCUUCUCCUCGAAGGAAAGUGCAGCCGUCAGCGACAGUAAGAAAUCACGGUUCGGACUGCGCAAGGAGUCCAAGGCAGAGGAGAACAAGCCGUCCGACGACCUGACUAAGAUGAUGUCGCGUGCGAGCAACUAUAUGACCUUUGCGCACAUCAAGAUGCCGUCGGUGGUGCUCUGCCUCAGCUACAAGGGCAAGGACAACCGUAACGUCGAAGACGUGCACGAUUUUGUGUUCCGCAUGCCUGCGGUCGAGUGGCGCAACAAGACGUGGUCCAACCUGGAUCUCGCCCUCGCUCUGAAGAAGGCGGUUAUCAAGGCUCUCAUCUCGCAUACGGGCGCCAUCAUUGGUAACAAGUUCAAGCACCGCCCGAGUGGCGCGCAAGCCAGCAAGCUCCGCGAGCUGGCCACCGGCUCCUCUCUCAUAGCGCCCACACCUUCAUCGUCGUCCCAGCACGACGCCGAUAGCAUCAACAACAGCGAUGAUUCGUCGAGCUUGUACGGCAACUCGCCGGUGGAUUACUCUCGAUCGCCGCCGCGCUCUCGCCAUGGUAGUUCGGCCAGCAGCAUUCCCAUACCGCGAUCCACGAGUAGGAGUUCGAGUGUCGCGAGUGGCCGAUCGCAGUGGACCGGCGGAUCCAGCAGUCAACAGCCAACAGUCCCCAGCUUCCUCAUGAUGACGCCGCCUACACCGCUGGACAGCCGCGCGCCGACACAGGGGCUCGGCUUCGAGCUGUUGCGUCCGUCUUCCAGAAGCAGUCUGGCACCGUUUGACCAGGCCGGCGGCGGGACUAUGAGAUCGCUGUCACGGUCCGGUACGGGUGCGGAGCCAGGCGAUCGUCGGAGGUCGGCAGGGAGCGCGUUCCUCCGCGACAAGAUCAACCAGCUCACCCACCGGAAGCGCGACGGAGCCCAACAGAAAGAGAGCAGCCAAAAGCAAGAGAGCCAGAGGGAGGAGACACCGGAGGCGGAGGAGGAACCCAAUGCGGUCGCACCCGACAGCCCCAAGAGUUCGAAGCGGUUUCAGGGGCUGAGCAGCCGAGUCAAGACGGGACAGUAG